AUUGUGAGACGCAACAGUAUUAUUUGUCCCUCGGGCCGUGGUCCAGGGUUCUGCAUGGCCCCAGAUUUGAAUGCAGAGCAUGGAGUUGACGCUCUCAAGACACUUUUCCUUGCUAAAGGUGUUCUGGGUGACUGGGAUCGCCUCGGAGACGGUGCAGCCUGCAUAAUGCAUGCUGAAGCGGCAAAGCGCAAGAUAUCAAGUGCAUUCGGACUCUCAUAUCAGUCACAAACUCACACAACACCGUCCACUCGUGCUCUUGUUUUCAAGGUUGCGGACAAGGUGAAAGAGCACGACCUACUUACCGCUGAUUCACUCCGAAAAAACACUCAUGGUGUCAAACCUACUGUUGACUUGCUCAAUGAUGGGCGUGCACGGUUGAGGUCGCAGAGCAUCCCCGCCUUCAACAAGCGUCUUGAAUUGCUUCAACAGGGAAAAGAGUGGACGGAGGAUGUAGACGAGCUACCACCAAUGAGUAUCACAUUUACUAGCGAUUCAGACGAUGUUAUAUCUAGCGAUGACACUUGA